CCUCUAUAAAAUCUCGUCGCGUCCCGUUCAAGCUUCGCUUUCUUCUUUUCCUUUUCUCCUUAGCUCUCUUUGCCUUUUGGCUUAGAUCAAGUGUAGUAUCUGUUCUUUUCAGUUUAAUCUCUGAAAGAUGUCUAAGGACAUCAAUCGUGAUUAUUCCUAUUUUUGGCUUUCGGGCAGUUUCCUCUGUGCUUGCACAUGAUUCUGCCCACAGUGUCCCUGGUAUUACACUGCCUCCAGGUGACGCGAACACUACAUGGGCUCGGUUUUUCAUUGCUUGCUCGGGCUUGUCCUGGGUAGUGAAGAAGACAUUUUUCUGAAUGACGCUGCAAUGGAUGAGACAUCGCUGUGUGAUGUUUCAGGUCCUUGUGCAUACUGGGGUGAAGGGCUGUCGGAAGAGAUGAUGUUCAAUCACGAUCUUUUGGCUACGCUCGUAAGGAGUGCCUCCACUGCUGAACGAUGUUCCCGUGCUCCUCUAUCCAUCUUGCUUAUAUGGAAGCAGUACUCAACUGCUGGAGGCCAUCAUCUGCAGGUUUCAUUUAGGGUAGAUUUUCUCGUUUGUGGCGUUCGUGAUGCGAGCAAAUGUAGCAGGCGGUAGUUCAAUAUUUAGUAUGUUUCCCGCUACUAAAUACACCCGUCGUUGACCUGUGAUCUUGCUUGUGCUGCGGUUUCCUACGACUUCUGUAUUCGUUGCUUUCUGCAUGGCUUCCCAC